CUCCUCCUCCUCCUGCCGCCGCGGCCGCUGCCAGACCUCGCCAGUUCAGACCCACCGGGCUGCCCUCCCCUGCGCACUCCCCUCGCUGCCCCGGCCCCGAGCGCAGCACAGCAGCGCAGGUAUUUUUGCUGAGCUAUGCAAGGAACUGCACUAGCUGGAGAUUCACAAUGUUGAAAGUCCUUUUCCUAACUAUGCUGACUCUGGCCCUGGUCGAGUCACAGGACACCGAAGAAACCAUCACAUACACGCAAUGCACUGACGGAUAUGAGUGGGACCCUGUAAGACAGCAGUGCAAAGAUAUUGAUGAAUGUGACAUUGUCCCUGAUGCUUGCAAAGGUGGAAUGAAAUGUGUCAACCACUAUGGAGGAUACCUGUGCCUUCCUAAAACAGCCCAGAUUAUUGUCAAUAAUGAACAACCUCAGCAAGAAACACCAGCAGCUGAAGCAGCCUCAGGCGCAGCCACCGGGGGUAUGGCUGCCAGUAGCAUGGCAACCAGUGGAGUGGUGCCUGGGGGUGGUUUUGUGGCCAGUGCUGCUGCAGUCGCGGGCCCUGAAGUACAGACUGGCCGAAAUAACUUUGUCAUCCGUCGGAACCCAGCUGACCCUCAGCGCAUUCCCUCCAACCCUUCCCAUCGGAUCCAGUGUGCGGCAGGCUACGAGCAGAGCGAGCACAAUGUGUGCCAAGACAUCGACGAGUGCACUGCAGGGACACACAACUGCAGAACAGACCAAGUGUGCAUCAAUUUACGAGGCUCCUUCGCGUGCCAGUGCCCUCCAGGGUAUCAGAAGCGAGGAGAGCAGUGUGUGGACAUAGAUGAGUGCUCCGUGCCUCCAUAUUGCCACCAAAGAUGUGUCAACACUCCAGGCUCGUUUUAUUGCCAGUGCAGCCCUGGGUUUCAGUUGGCAGCAAACAACUACACCUGUGUAGAUAUAAAUGAAUGUGAUGCCAGCAACCAAUGUGCUCAGCAAUGCUACAACAUUCUCGGUUCAUUCAUCUGUCAGUGUAAUCAAGGAUAUGAGCUAAGCAGUGACAGACUCAACUGUGAAGACAUUGAUGAAUGCAGAACCUCAAGCUACCUGUGUCAAUAUCAAUGUGUCAAUGAACCUGGGAAAUUCACAUGUAUGUGCCCCCAGGGAUACCAAGUGGUGAGAGGUAGAACAUGUCAAGAUAUCAAUGAAUGUGAGACUGCCAAUGAAUGCCGAGAGGAUGAAAUGUGUUGGAAUUAUCAUGGUGGCUUCCGUUGUUACCCACGAAAUCCUUGUCAAGAUCCCUAUAUUUUAACAUCAGAGAACCGAUGUGUUUGCCCAGUCUCAAAUGCUAUGUGCAGAGAACUGCCCCAAUCCAUAGUCUACAAAUACAUGAGCAUCCGCUCUGAUAGGACUGUACCAUCAGACAUCUUCCAGAUUCAGGCCACAACUAUUUAUGCCAAUACCAUCAAUACUUUUCGGAUUAAAUCUGGAAAUGAAAAUGGAGAGUUCUACCUAAGGCAAACAAGUCCUGUAAGUGCAAUGCUUGUGCUUGUGAAGUCGCUAACAGGACCAAGAGAAUACAUCGUGGACCUGGAAAUGCUGACAGUCAACAGUAUAGGAACCUUCCGCACGAGCUCAGUGUUAAGAUUGACAAUAAUAGUGGGGCCAUUUUCAUUUUAGCCUUUUACCAGAGUCUACCACAAGCAUUUAAAUCAGCCAAAGAAUAUUGUUACCUUAAAGCACUAUUUUAUUUAUAGAUAUAUCUAGUACAUAUACAUCUAUAUACUGUACACUCACCCAUAAUUCGAACAAUUACACCAUGGUAUAAAGUGGGCAUUUAAUCUGUAAAGAUUCAAGGUUUGUCUGUAUUAAUAUGUGUAAAUUAGACAUUAAUCCACUAAACUGGUCUUCUUCAAACAUUAAUCCACUAAACUGGUCUUAUUCAAGAGAGCUAAGAAUACAUUAUCCAGUGAAUCUUGUAUUCUUCCCUAUAAAUUGGGACCAAGCAAUGAUGCUCUUCUGUGGUGCUUAGGGAGACUUACUACAGCUCCACUGGCAGUCUCUUAAGGAGGCAGCCAUGCAUGACAUUGAAUAGCAUGCAAGGGCAGGAAUGAGUUUUUUAACCGCUUUGUAAGAAAAUGGAAAAAGUCAAUAAAGAUAUAUUUCUUUAGAAAAUGAGGAACUCCCAUAUUUGUGUUGGUCUUUAUUUUCACAAUCAGUCUGAAGGUGGUUGUUUAUUACAUACAAUAAAUCAUUAUUGCACAAUAAGUUAGUCUCCAUAGGGUAUUUUAAAUUUUUAUCAGAAAUCCUUUGUUAUGAACAUUCAAAACCAAUAAGCAAAAUUUCCCAAAAUUCCCCAAAUACAUCAAAUAUCUCCUAUAAAAUUGUUCUAUUGAGAAAUCUAUGAGGAGGAGAUGAGAAAAAUUUUUUUCUAAACCACACUGGAGUGGAACUGAAGAAGCAAAUCCAGUAAAUGUAAUAACAUCCCUGAACCUAGGAUUUCACAAGAUGCAGAACAAAAUGAAGAAAAGGUAUUUUACUGGGGGAGGUUAAUUUCUAAAUAAAAUUAAAACCCUAACACUUCACUAAUUUUUAAGUAAAAUUUUUCAUAUUUGUACUCAGUGCUCACCGAGGAGGAAAAUGAUGAUGGUUCUUGUUCCUGGUGUUGAGAAUGACUGAACUAAAGCAAAUCCCUUCCUUCAAUUCUAGGAAAAGGUUUUAGGUCUUCUUAUUUUUUUAAAAAAAAAUGUAACUGCCUCACUUUGAUGUGUCAUAUUUUUAAAUAAAUAUUCUCUUAGAUCGCCCA